CAGAGGGCUGUACUGAUUGUACGGAGCUGGGAGGAAACCUCAGUGCAGAUUGCCCGGCUGUGUCCUGUUCUGCAACAAAGAAGGAGAAGCGGGGGACACAAUGAAUCUGGAAAAACUCAGCAAACCAGAAUUGCUGACGCUGCUGAGCAUCUUAGAAGGGGAACUGGAAGCGAGGGAUCUUGUCAUUGAGGCAAUAAAGGCCCAGCAUAAAGAGAGUUUCAUUGAAGAACGCUAUGGGAAGUACAAUAUCAGUGAUCCAUUGCUUGCUCUGCAGAGAGAUUAUGAGACUCUCAAGGAUGAGAAGAACGGGCAGAGGCCCCCAGUGUGUUCCAACCCUUUGUAUGUCUUGAAAGAAGUCAUGAAACAGUGCAAGACCAUGCAGGAGCGGAUGAUGGCUCAGCUGGCAGCAGCAGAAUGCAGACACAGAAAGGUUAUUUUGGACCUUGAGGAGGAAAGGAGAAGGCAUGCCCAGGAUGCAGCGGAUGGCGAUGACGUUACAUACAUGCUAGAGAAGGAGAGAGAGAGACUGGCACAGCAGUUGGAAUUUGAAAAGUCCCAAGUGAAGAAGCUUGAAAAAGAACAAAAACGGCUUUCUGCUCAGCUGGAAGAAGAGAAGUCUCGCCACAAGAAGCUAUCUUCUGUGCUUAUGAAAGAGUGCACAAAAGCUAACAAUCGAGCAGUGGAGGAAGGGCAAAAGGUUGAAGAUGUUAAUGUAAAGCUGGAGAAGGUUAAGACCAAAGUGACCCAGCUGGAGGAGGACCUGGCAUUGGAGAAGAAGCGGAGCCUUCAAAUGGAGGCCCAGGUGGAAAAACAGCUAUCAGAGUUUGAUAUUGAAAGAGAACAGUUGAGAGCCAAACUGAACCGCGAAGAAAAUCGAACCAAAGCCCUAAAAGAGGAGUUGGAAUCCUUAAAGAAUGUCUUGAAAGAUUUGAAAGCUGCACCCCAGGUACAAGAAUCCCUUGCCAAGCCCACCUCAGAGCUGAAAUCCACUGGUGUUUCAACAGAGAAGCCUGAGGUCCUAUCGGUUUCUUGCCAGACAGAGUGUGUACAGAAUGAAAAAGGUGUUGUGGAUGGCCCAGCCAAAGCCAAUAUUUCUCUCUCAACCCCAACUAAAAUUCCACAAUCGUAUUCUAAAGUAAAUGGACAUCAUAGUGUAACACACAGCAACGAGCAUGUUUUAAAAUUAAACGUAGGGGAAAACCAAAGGGAAAAGUCUAGAAGUCAUGAAAAUUUGCCUGAAACCGGAAGCUCUCCUGUCAGGGUUGAAUCUCCUCUGCACAUGGUAACACAUCUUCCGUCCAGUGGCGCAUCCUCCUCGCCCAGCAGUACAGCAGCCUCUUCUUUAACCUCCUCUCCAUGCUCUUCUCCAGUGCUUUCACGGCGCCUAAUUGGGGCAACAGCGGGGAGCCCCGGAUAUCAGUCUUCAUACCAGGUCGGCAUCAACCAACGCUUCCAUGCUGCGCGACACAAGUUUCAGUCUCAGGCUGAGCAUGAUCAGCAUGUUUCUGGCCUACAGAGCCCACCUUCGAGGGAUUUAUCUCCAACCUUAGCAGAUAAUUCUGCAGCCAAACAGCUCGCUCGCAACACAGUCACCCAGGUGCUUUCCCGUUUCACCAGUCAACAGGCCUCAAGCAAAUCUGUCCCUCCCAACAGUUCUCCAUUUGGCACAGACUAUAGAACCCUUGCCAGUCCUUCUAACCAAAAGAACGAUGGGAGCCAUUCUCCAAAUCCUAUCAAAGUUUCCAGUCCUCUAAGUCCAGUGUCCCCGGGGAUCAAAUCCCCUACCAUAUCGAGGGUAGAAAGAGGAAACCCUCCUCCAAUUCCUCCAAAGAAGCCAGGUCUAGCUCAGUCACCAGCUUCUCCAAUCCCACCAGCCAAAGUGCCGAACCAACCACCUUCACUCGGAGGUUCAGUAGAAGUUUCUAGUAGUUGCUGCUCUAACAGCAUACUUGCAAAUGGGAAAGAUAUUGACGUAAUGAUGCCAUCUGGCAGCUAGAGCUACAAAUUGGUGGCCAACAUUUGGAGACAUAAACACGUCGACUGACUAGUCCUGUGUCUGAAUGCUCUAUACAAAAUGAUCAAACGUAUUUAUUUUGAUAGUAGAAGAAAAUUGUAUAGUUUACUUUUUAUUUACUUUUGCCUUUAUUUACAAACCGUGUUUUCCUUUUUGAUAUGGAAAUGAACGCUUAUCCUGAUAAGGGAAAAAUACCCACAUCUACCUUCCACGUACAGCAGUAAAUAUGCAGGCGAUUGAAUGGUUGAAUAUAUGCUCGAGGCAGAUGAGACAUGGAAAUCGAAUGAUGCUUCAUUUUUA